AUGGAAGAGCAAAGGAUAAAACUUCUGGAUGAUGUGAUGAUAGACAUAUCAAAGCGGUUGCCAGCAAAAUCACUGAUAAGAUUUAAGUGUGUAUCUAAAAGUUGGUGCACUAUGAUAAAUAGCCCUGAUUUCAUCUCUAUCCAUUACAAUUAUGAUUCUCUCUCAAAUCAUUUCAUAUUUCGUAAGCGCUACCUCAAAAUUAAGAAAAGUACCGAGUCCAUUUAUUAUAAUGGUAAAAAUAUGUUAUCCCUCCAUUCAAAUAAUGAAUCAUUCGAAUGCAUAGCACCAAAUAUAGAAUACUUGGAUAAUUAUAUAGGUGUCGACAUUGCAGGUCCCUGCAAUGGCAUAGUCUGCUUUGCUAGUUAUAGGGGAAUUAUUUUGUAUAACCCAACGUUAAGAGAAUUUUGGGAACUCCCUUCUAGUAUUCUUCCUCCUCCCCCACACUUAUACCCCAGUAACAAGCUUAACUAUUGUAUGAGCAUGACCAUAGGAAUCGGAUUUGACCCUCAGAUGAAUGAUUAUAUGGUUGUUAGAGUCCUAGAUUCCUGCUACGAAUAUGAGUUUGAGGAUUUUGAUAAUUGUGAUAAAUAUAAGCAUAUUAGUAAGGUCAAAUUCUACAAUCUAAGCACAAAUUAUUGGAGAGAACUUGAGAAUCUAGAAUACAAAACAGAUUCCUCUCUUUGUUCUCACGUCUUGUUUAACAGAGCCUAUGAUUGGCAUGGAUAUCUCAAGUCGUAUGAUAGUUGCAUCGUAUCUUUCAACUUUAGCACUAAGAAGUUCCAAAAACUUCCAUUUCCUGAUGGCUUAGUUAAUGAAGGAAGACAGAGCCUCUUCGUCUUGAAUCAAACUCUAGCUUUGAUUUGUUUUACUGAGAACUAUCUUAGAGACGUGUUACUUCACCAAUCUAUUGAUAUAUGGGUAAUGAAGAAAUAUGGUGUGAGAGAGUCCUGGAUAAAGGAAUUUACAGUUGGACCUAUGCUUAUAAAGGCACCUUUGUCAGUUUGGAAGAAGGACACCGAACUAAUGAUAAAAAGCGAGGAUGGAAAACUUGUGUCUUGUCACCUCCUUUCCCAAUAA